AUUGCAACUGCAUAAUUUCUUUGACUUCAAUUCAAUUUAUUUGAUUUCCGAAAGAUACUAUUAGGUUUUGGUACGUUGUAACAUUUUUCGCUUGAUAUGGUAUUUAUAACCCGCCAACGCAAAAAAAGGUGGCAUCGUAGGUCUCAAACAGAUGGACCGAUUUCGAUGCGGUUUUCUUACAUGAAAGCGAGUUUCCUUGCGGUGGUUCUUUGCUUAGUUCUAUGUUUGAUAAAUAUCGAUCCGUAUCAGCUCUUUUCCAAAAUGAUGUAACGCAUUUUUGGCAUAAUGCGUAAGGAGGUUUUUAAUUUUUUUAAUAGUUAUUAUUGGUCUCCAGACAAAUAGAAGUUAGUAGUAGAUAGCUUAGUCACUGUUGGACAUCCUAAAUAUCGUUGGGCGGAUAGAGUGGAGGCAGAUCUCCGUGAGCUCGGCGUCAGCGAAAGCUGGCGCGAGUCCGCUCUGGACCGAGCAAAGUGGCGUGCUCUUAUGUUGGAGGCCAAGACUCAUUUUGGGUCAUCGCGCCAGCCAAGUAAGCAAAGUCCAGAUAAAUGGGUGAUGCCACGACCAAGCCCCAAACGCUGCGGCGCGUCCGAUCCAUAUACCAAGUCCACUACGGACUACCGAAGAUCGAACGGGAAACAGCUAGACCAUUCGUCAUGCCGUUCGACUCAGUGGAGAUACAGGCGUAUGAGAAACAAGUCGCCGGGCAUAGGGAGAGCUCGGAUACAAGGUUUCUAGGUACGUAUCAUCGCGCACACUACCAAAGUACACUACGGACUACCGAAGAUCAAACGGGAAACAGCCAGACCAUUCGUCAUGCCGUUCGACUCAGUGGAGAUACAGGCGUAUGAGAAACAAGUCGCCGGGCAUAGGGAGAGCUCGGAUACAAGGUUUCUAGGCCUCCUCCAAUGCAACAACGGCACCAUCCUCAAGCCCAUCAUCAAGGAAUGCCAGCGGCGAGAGAUAGACUUCUACCAAAGACUGUCCACAACGAAAGACCCCGAUCUGAUAGAGCUGGGUACUUUGGUACCGAAGUAUUAUGGCUGCCGGCGGUUCACGUACAAUACUCAUGAGCAGGAGUAUAUUAUAUUGGAAGAUGUGGUGCAGAGGAUGCUGGAACCUUGUAUUAUGGAUGUCAAAAUUGGCAGAAGAACCUGGGACCACCUAGCCUCAGAGGAGAAAAUCCAGAAGGAACAAAGCAAAUACAAGCUGUGUAAAGAGGAAUACGGGUUCUGCAUACCCGGGUUCCAAGUGUACCGGCUGUCGACUGGCAAACUGCUCAAAUACAACAAGGAAUAUGGGAAGAGAUUACACGGACAGGCGGUGAAAGAUGCUAUCCGUAACUUUUUAAACGGCGUCGGCACCAGCCUCUGCCGCGCGCUCAUUCUCCAGUUCCUCACAACAUUAUGGAAGAUACAAAAAUGGGCCUCAAGACAGACCUCAGUCAAGAUAUAUUCAUGUUCGUUGCUACUCGCGUACGAUGCUGCCAAGCUGAGAGACUGCUGCGGAGAGGGGGACGUACUAACGCCUCGACCGAAAUGCCGCUCCGAGUCUGUGGGCCGCCGCAAGUCCAUACACUCCAUGCACAGCGACUCCGGCUCCAAUUUCAGCGGUCAGAUCUCUUCCAAGGGACCUGUCUAUAAAAAGGUUAACUCCGUACCUCUAACCUCAAUGCAACUGGCGCAGCGAAGCUUCUCUCCCCCACCGACCGUCACCUCCCCCUGGAGCGAAGCGCUCGAAAAGAUCAACCACAAUCACUCCUUCGACCACAACUACGAAGACAAACUGUCCAAAAUCAGGAUGAACUACAGAGCGAUCUUAGACCAACUGUCCAGUGAUUCGCCAAACCCUGCUCAAUGGGGGACGGUUAAAAUAAUAGAUUUUGCGCAUGCGUUCUUUAAUGAAGAAGAUGAGAUGGCGGUGGAUGAGAAUUUUAGGGAUGGGAUAGACAGUUUUGUGGAGAUUUUUGAGGCGUUUUUAAAAGAGACUGAUGAUCAAGUGUUUUAAGCUUUCAUGUCAUGUGGUGGUCAAAGAUCGUGCGUUCAAUUAACACCGCGUGCUGUAUAGAGGAGAAAAAGUCCGUGAUGUAUAGAGAAACAAAAAUCGUUCUCGAAAAAAUGUAGAAAGAAAGAAGAAAAGAAAAAAUCGAUUAGGAUCCUUAUCCUUAGGAGACGAUUAUGAUGCUAUGUGUACCGUGGGCUGGUAUCUUAAAGGUGUAUUCUUGACCGCAUUUAGAGACUAAAAUGUCAUACAAAGUCUUCUGUAGGGCUAAGAUGGCUGGCUCUUUAUCAUUUGUCACCAUGCCUGUCACGUUCUAACAAGUAUAUAAGCGCGAAAGUGACGGGCAUAGUGACUAGUGAUAAAAAUGGAACCAUGCUGCCACCGCUGAAAUGACAAGACACGAGUUGCGAAUUACCUAUUCGCACAUGUAUCGUACAACGUUUUACAGUACAAAUGGCCCUUUAAAUGUUCGACAUAGUAACGUAAUAUGCUAAUUUUCGCACUAGUGCGGUAAAGUAGCACAAUAUGUACUGUAAACGCCUUUUUGGCUGCGACAUCGACACUGCAAUUAUGAGACUUGGUUUAGACAUACCUACUGACAGACAUUAAAGUUUUAAAGGAAAAUUCGCAAAGAAAACGCAAAAAAGUUUUUGUUCUGAAUUUCAGAAAACUCAUAACAUUUUUUGCUCCUUAUGACCUCAGGAAUGCGUGGCUAAAAUCUGUCGGGUUUUACCAGCCCACGGUGUAUAAGUGAUAAGACUCUUAUCUUCUGAUAUAUAUCUUAUCUUAUGAUAAAGACACCUGAAUCCUUUCACCACAAUUACGAAAACAAACUAUAAAAGUUUAGAAUAAACUAUACAUUAUGGAAGGUAGAGGUAAGGAACAGAAUCUCCUUAGGCAGAACUGUUGCAAGUGUCCAGCUGUCAGCUAUAAAUAAUAGUUCCAAAUCUCUCCAGAGUAGCGCUAGAGUAGCUAAGAACCUAGGCGUUAUUGACGGAGUGAAGUGCGCUGUGUAUAAUUAGAUUUUGUUCUCAAGUAUUCUAGGUAUUGUAGUUGUAGCGCCACCUAUUUAUGGUUUUUUGUCGGGACACUUUUUGGUAUAUGGAGAUUCUGGUCCUUGCCUCUGCCUUCCAUACUAUAGAUAGAGCCAUCUGAGAUCACCUGUCCAAAAUGGUCCAACCCUAUCCAAAAUGGUCAUAAUGGACUGUCCUAAAGGAUUUUCAGCGUUAUAUUUUAAUGUCAUAAAUAGUCAUGACUAAAUUGAUAUCAAAAUAUUUGAAAGUCGUGAUAAACUGUAGAGUUGUUAACUCUUGUGAGUGUAUAUUCUGUAUCUUUAGGUAUUUAAAUAAAAGUAAACAAAAUCUACUCUCAAAUGGUUCCUUAAGCCAGUUGAGGGUAGAUGAAAACAUUACAUGAUCAAAUACUGUAGGUUAAAGUCAGGUCGUACUGUGACAGAUCCAGGCGGUUUUGUAUUUGGUUGGUUAACCAAUAAAUGUUAUAACUACCCGAAAAUGUAUAAAUUGUUUGUUUACUUUUAUUUGAAUACCUUAAGAUGCAGAGUUAUAAUGUGAAGUGGUUCGAAAUUAAGAUACGUCAAACAUUUGCUAAAGAUACGAUAUGGAUUGGAUGUCAGUUCCAAAAGUGACGUUUUUAUUUGAAGAAACGUCACUUUUGAUACUGACAUAUCCAAUCGUGAGAGUCAGAAUGGCGGGUGUACCUAAAUAGAAUUAAAUGAAAAGCAUACCAUAUUUUUGUACCUAAUUUGGUAUGCUUUGGUAUUCCAUAAAAAUAUGGUAUGCUUUUCAUUUAUUUUUAUUUAGGCACACCCGCCAUUCUGACUCUCACAUCCAAUCCAUAUCGUAACUUUAUAUUUUUGACGUAAGGUAGAAGUACUAGUGCUCGACGCUGCACUAGUACUCGACAUGGGCACUUUAUGUCAAAGUAACAAGGAUUAAGUUCGAAUACAGAAAAAUCUUCGUUGUUCAAAUUUAACCUAUAUUUCCAUGAAAUAAAGUGCCCAUGUCGAUGACUACUGCAGCGUCGAGCACUAGUACCUUAUAUUAAAGUUCGGGUCGAUAAUCUUAAGCGAGAUUUAGGCUAACAAGAACUUGCAUGCAAUUUUCAAUACAUUGCGGUAACUGAUCAAACUUUAAAAUGCAGUUUAUCUUAUUCAUAGCAAAGAGAAUUUGAAGCUAUGGCGGCAUCGUUUCGAGCGAUUGCGCCAUAACCUUUGGUCUGUGCUCUAUUAGAUGGCGCCACUUUUUGAUAUUCAACAAAUUUAACAUAUCUGUGGAAGAAUAAGGAUCUAAGUCAAAUGGCGUUCUAAAAGUUUUAAUCAUGUGUCGAAAGAUGGCAGUAAAUUAAUAUGGCUACAAAGUUUUCUUUGACAAUCCACCUCUAUUUCCUCGUAGUACCUAGUCGGCAAUGUUACGUAAAUUACACGCAAGUAAGUUAAACCUCGUUAAUUGUUUUUUGUUGUUGCAUGAGGUAGUACUUAAGAGCGUUGUAUUUAAAAUGUUUAAUUGUAAGGUUAUCAAUGUAAAUAAUAACAAAUGUUUCGCUUUCGCAUUAUAAAUAUUUAUUUUCGAAA